GUCUCAACCAAAAAGAGGCAGUAAAAUGCUCCCAGAACCCCUGCAUCAGCACCGGUCAGGAAACUACCGUAGAUCAUAACAUGGCUGGUCAAUGAAUGGCAUGGUUGAAGAACUAAACCGGUGAACGACCGUGUAGUUGCAUUACUGUGCUGAGGACGCUCCCAGUCUAUUGCCUGCAAACUGCUGGUAGGAUUCAGCGCAGCAUCAUUCUUCAGAAGCAGAAAAUCUUUGUUGAAGCUAGGUGGCUAACAUUAGCUAUCCAGCUAGCUAAAAACCCCUUAAAAAGUGCAUUAGUUAGCAGCUAGCUAGUUAGCAUAGUACAUUUUCUAUCCUGCAAUGUACAGUAGGCAGCAUCUCAUAUUACUUGCACUGAUCUGAUGGGAUUGAGGGUUAUCAGAUGUGACUGCGAACGGGACCUUGGCUAACGUUAACUAGCUAGAAUGAUGAUGAUCCUCUGGACCACAGCCUAGAUGGCUCAGUCAGGACAACAACGUUAGUGAGCUCCGUACCUAGCUAAGAAUUUAACUAGCUAGCUAUGUUUUUGCUAAGCAGCAGAAGCGAUGUAAAAUAAUCAUCAUUAAUUAGGCUUAUCCUUAUUAACAGGAUCCAUCUAGAUUUGGAUUUGGCAAUACAUAGCUAUGAUUAGAGAUAAAGAUACAGGAAGUGGCACUGCAUUGUUUACUAAAAAAGUAUAUAACUCAUCCUCCUUUCUUUUCACACACUUUAUUUAAUCCUGCUGCCCGUCAUUGUACACAGCAGUUCUCAAAGUAUGAUAAAUGACUAGGUUGAUUGAAAGACACAGUAACAAAUCGUGACAUAACCACUGUGAUGAAGAAAUAUCGGACUGUGUAUCAGUAGUUAGGGUCAACUACUUUGUACUGAAUCUCCUCUGUCCUCCGUGGCUGAGUGGUAGGUAGUCCAAGCCAUGUUGUGGCCCCUGCUCCCUGCCCUGGUGCUCUUUUCUGUGUUGUCUGUGGUUCAAGUACAGACUGCACCAUGCCAGACCUGCCGCAAGCUCACUGACAGCUUCAUCAAGGGACUGGAUAAAACAUCCAAUAAGAAUUUUGGGGGUGGCAACACUGCUUGGGAGGAGGAAAAUCUGGCUAAAUAUGCUCGCAGUGAAACCAGGUUGCUGGAGAUAGUGGAGGCAGCGUGUGAGAAAUCUGACUUUGACUGUAACAAACUGCUGGAGCAGAUAGAGGACCAAGUGGAGACAUGGUGGUUCCACCGGCAGCAAGAGGCUCCAGACCUAUUUGAGUGGUUGUGUAUAGAAGAGCUCCCGCUCUGCUGUCCCCCGGGACGUUUUGGACCAGACUGCAAAGAGUGUCUGUCUGGUCCUGGAGGGGUGUGUGGUGGUCUGGGCCGCUGUGAGGGAGAGGGCACGCGUCUGGGAGAUGGAGAGUGCGUGUGUGACCCGGGGUACUUCGGUCAGCUGUGUCAGAGCUGUGCAGACGGCUAUUACAGAGAGAAGAGCUCCAAUCACAGCACACCAGCCUGCGCAGCAUGCUACCACUCUUGUAAAAAGUGCUCAGGGCCAGAGAACUACAAAUGUCUGGAAUGCAAACCUGGGUGGCUCUUCCAUGACAACAAGUGUGUUGACACUGAUGAGUGUGGCACAGAGCUGGCUCGAUGUUCCUCCAACACCUAUUGCCACAACACAGAUGGAUCGUACGAGUGCAGAGGCUGUGACCAGGCAUGUGUGGGCUGCAUGGGCAGUGGUCCAGCCCGCUGUAAGAAAUGUGCUCGGGGAUACAAGCUCAGAGGAGCCAAAUGUCUCGAUGUGGAUGAGUGUAGUGAGCGGGCGAUAGCAUGUCCAGGGCUGAAUGAGGCGUGUUUCAAUGACGAGGGGUCCUUCCGCUGUGAAUGUGCUGACGGCUUCAUUCGUAGAGACAGCAUCUGUGUGGAGAACCAGCCGCUGAGUGGUCCAGAGAAGGGUCUGUUUGAUGACAUGACUGAUGACGAGGUCCUGGUCCUGCAGCAGAUGUUCUUUGGCGUGGUCAUCUGUGCCCUAGCAACGCUCGCCGCCAAGGGCGACAUGGUCUUUACCGCCAUCUUCAUCGGGGGCGUGGCCGCCAUGGCCGGAUACUGGCUGUCAGAGAAGGGCGACCGCAUGCUGGACGGCUUCCUAAAGGGACGCUAGCCUAUCAGGAGCUAGGGAUACAGGAAAGAACUCUUGAAUGCAAGCCAAUGAGGGCGACAAAGACUGAGGGGUGGGACGGCUACAGGAAUGCUAGCCAAUCAGGGAUGUACUAUACUACUUUGGCUUGGGAUGAUUGUGGGUCUUCUGAAUUGUGAAUCUUUAAGAUGAUAGAGGGAGAUGAAUAAGAGACCUUGGAGCUUAGUCAAAUUAGAGCUCAAUGGAGGAAUGAAUAUAGAAGACCGGGUACUACUUGAUCCAAGAACACUGAAAAGACACUAAGGACACUGGACUGUCUUUCUGCACUGAUAUGGGAGACCAAAACCCAAGCCUCUUGCCUCAACUCAUGGGGUAGAAAAGGGAGGGAGUGCAGGUCGGAUAAGACCACUACUGAUUGUUACCAAGUUAUUAUGCAUUUGUAUCUUCUACUGGGCAAAAAUAUUGCUCCAAAAUGAUGUCUGUCCAUUUCCACACAUCCUAACCCAAACUUCUUAGCUACCCCUUUUCCCUCAUCAGUAUUCUACUGUUCAUCAUUUCACCUUAUACUGAGGAACAGAGGUGUUUCCCUGGUAAUGGAAGGUGAUAUGGGAUGGUCAGUGGGGUGUUGAAGCACUAAAGACUGCUGCUAUAGUGGACAUGGGAUACGUUUAGGAAAGGACAGAUGUGUCCUGUUGCACCAGUGAAAUUAUGUCCAAUGUUAUAACACUAUUUAUAAUCGCGUCCCUAGUAUGACUGUUUUUGCACAAACUUAUUCUUACUGUAUGAAUGCAUGAGAAAGGUGAUACUGUAUGUAUUUAUUAUCCUGAUAGGCAUGAAAGACUGAACUUUAUAGAGCUGCUUGUUUCCCCCUUAAACUGUUCAACCAGGA